GAUUAUUAUGGGAUGUCUGCCCCCUUUGUGUGUUUGUGAGGAUGUUAGCUAAGAUGUGAGGCCGGGGCAGAGGGGAAAGGGGAGUGUUUUUUUUUUAGGUGUUAAAUGAAUGAACCCCUUAAUUGAGUUUGUGGACUAUGCACAAUAGUUUCCAAGCAGUCCCACGUCAUUUUCCCUCCUCCCCCCGUCGAUUGAGGAGCGAGCUUUAGGAGGGAUUAUUAAUCCGAGCGAGGAAGACCGGAGACAUGUCAGGCAGCGAGGAUGACAGGGACAACUUCGCGGCCGCCGAGGAGCACUCACUCCUCCACGACGACGAGGCGGAGGACGUCAUGUCUGACGUGGAGGUGCCCAAGUCCAAGAAGAAGAAGAAAGCCAAGAAAAGCAACCGAGAGAGCAGAAGCAACAAGAGACAGCGAGCCAUCAGAGAGGAGUUGCCAAUGAGCUCGCCGGAGCACCUGAUCGGAGUGGAGGCAGCUGAGCAAGAUGAGGGAGGUCUGCGCUCGGAGAGUGACGGAAGUGAUUACGCCCCUGGAAGAAAAAAGAAGAAACGCUCCAGCUCGAACAAAGACAAGAAGAAAGGAAGCACGGCCUCUGAGAAAGGGGGCUCGAAGAACAAACGCAAAGAUCCAGAACCGGAUGAUGACGAUGAGGACGAUGAGGACUGCCAGCCGAAAAGCUCCUCUCAGAUGCUGGAGGCCUGGGGCAUGAAAGAUAUCGAUCAUGUUUUUACUCAGGAAGACUACAACUCCCUCACCAACUACAAGGCCUUCAGCCAAUUUGUCAGGCCUCUGAUUGCAGCCAAGAACCCCAAAAUUGCUGUUUCAAAGAUGAUGACUUUAAUGAUGGCCAAGUGGAGAGAAUUUAGCACAAACAACCCGCUUAAGGGCUCCGCCAGCGCCAAUGCAGCUCUGGCAGCCGCCAAUGUGGCUGCAGUGGUGGAGAACAUGGUGGUGGCUGGAACAGACGGGGGGGCGAACGUUGUUGCUACUGCCGUUGCUCCCACGACAACGCCUGCUGCUCCAGUGCUGGCACCUCCUGCGCCACCGCUUCGCAAGGCGAAGACCAAAGAGGGCAAAGGCCCUAAUGCUCGUAAAAAGUCCAAGUCUAAAGCUCCACCAAAGCCCAAGCCCAAGAAGGUGGCUCCACUCAAAAUUAAACUAGGAGGUUUGAACAGCAAGAGGAAGCGCUCAUCUAGUGACGAAGACGAGCCAGAUGCAGACAGUGAUUUUGAUGAAGCAACCUUCUCCGUGACGGAAGGCUCUAACCGCACUAGCCGCAGCAAGAAGAAGUCCAAGAGUGCAAAGAAGAAGAAGAAAGUCGAAAUGGAGGAUGGCGACGGUUACGAGACAGACCACCAGGACUACUGUGAGGUGUGCCAGCAGGGAGGGGAGAUCAUUCUGUGCGACACCUGUCCCAGGGCUUAUCACAUGGUCUGUUGACCUGACAUGGAGAAGGCACCCGAGGGCAAGUGGAGCUGUCCACACUGUGAGAAGGAGGGUAUCCAGUGGGAAGCACGGGAAGAGCUCUCCGACGCCGAAGUGGAAGAUGAGGAUGACAGGCAGGAAGACGACGCAGAGGAAGAGGACGACCUCCACAUUGAGUACUGCAGAGUGUGCAAGGACGGAGGGGAACUGCUCUGCUGUGAUACUUGCACCUCGUCUUAUCACAUCCACUGUCUCAACCCGCCUCUCCCCGAAAUUCCUAAUGGCGAGUGGAUCUGUCCCCGCUGCAAGUGUCCACAAAUGAAGGGAAAAGUCCAGAAGGUUAUAACAUGGCGUUGGGGAGAGCUGCCAGCCCCCAUGCCCGUCCCCCGACCUGCUGAUCUUCCUGCUGAUGCUCCUGACCCGCCACCACUGGUUGGUCGCCGGGAGAGGGAGUUCUUUGUCAAAUGGUGCAAUCUGUCUUACUGGCACUGCUCCUGGGUGCUGGAGCUGCAGUUGGAGCUGAACUGCCAGGUGAUGUUUCGCAACUACCAGAGGAAAACUGACAUGGAUGAGCCGCCACCGGUGGAUUUCGGAGGCGAGGGCGACGACGACAAAAGCACCAAGAGAAAGAACAAGGAUCCGCUCUUCGUCCAUAUGGAGGCAGAGUUCUACCGGUAUGGAGUCAAGAUGGAGUGGCUGAUGAUACAUCGCAUUCUCAACCACAGUGUUGACAAAAAGGGAAAUGUACACUACCUGAUCAAGUGGCGCGAUCUACCCUACGAUCAGUCGACGUGGGAGAGCGAAGACAUGGACAUCCCAGAGUUUGACACCUACAAGCAGACUUACUGGAAUCACAGAGAGUUGAUGAUUGGCGAUGAGGGCAGACCUGGUAAGAAGCUGAAGAAGCCUGUCAAAAUCAAGAAGACAGAGCGUCCACCUGCUAACCCAGUUGUAGAUCCCACCAUCAAGUUUGACCGUCAGCCUGACUACCUGGACAGCACAGGGGGCACUCUUCACCCCUACCAGCUGGAGGGUUUGAACUGGCUCAGGUUUUCUUGGGCUCAGGCCACCGACACCAUCCUUGCUGAUGAGAUGGGCUUAGGCAAAACGGUCCAGACUGCUGUCUUCCUUUACUCGCUGUACAAAGAGGGUCAUUCCAAAGGUCCUUUCCUGGUUAGUGCACCCCUGUCCACCAUCAUUAACUGGGAGAGAGAAUUUGAAAUGUGGGCGCCGGACAUGUAUGUGGUCACAUACGUCGGGGACAAGGACAGCAGGGCUGUCAUCCGAGAGAAUGAGUUCUCCUUCGAAGGGAAUGCCAUCCGAGGUGGGAAGAAGGUAUCCAAAAUGAAGAAAGACUCUACAGUCAAGUUCCAUGUCCUGCUCACAUCCUAUGAGCUGAUUACCAUUGAUCAGGCUGUGCUGGGCUCAAUUGAAUGGGCUUGUCUGGUGGUGGAUGAGGCUCACAGGCUCAAGAACAACCAGUCCAAGUUCUUCCGAGUGUUGAACAACUACCCACUGCAACACAAGCUGCUCCUGACGGGCACGCCUCUUCAGAACAACCUAGAGGAGCUGUUCCACUUGCUUAACUUUCUGACUCCAGAGAGAUUCAACAACUUGGAAGGCUUUUUGGAAGAGUUUGCUGAUAUCGCCAAAGAAGAUCAGAUCAAGAAGCUCCAUGACAUGCUGGGACCGCACAUGCUCAGGAGGCUGAAGGCGGACGUCUUCAAACACAUGCCAUCCAAAACUGAGCUCAUUGUCAGAGUGGAGCUGAGCCCCAUGCAAAAGAAAUACUACAAGUUUAUUCUAACACGGAAUUUUGAUGCCUUGAACACCCGUGGAGGAGGAAACCAAGUUUCUCUGCUCAAUGUGGUGAUGGACCUGAAAAAGUGCUGCAAUCAUCCAUACCUCUUUCCUGCUGCUGCUACAGAGGCUCCAAAACUUCCAAACGGCAUGUACGAAGGCAUGUCUCUGACCAAAGCAUCGGGCAAGCUGACGCUCCUGCAGAAGAUGAUGACGAAGCUGAAGGAGGGAGGCCACAGGGUUUUAGUUUUCUCCCAGAUGACCAAAAUGCUCGACCUGCUUGAGGACUUCCUGGAAAACGAGGGCUACAAAUACGAGCGAAUAGACGGCGGAGUGACGGGCAGCAUGCGGCAGGAGGCCAUCGACCGCUUUAAUGCUCCUGGUGCUCCCCAGUUUGCUUUCCUCCUCUCGACUAGAGCAGGAGGUUUGGGCAUUAAUCUUGCAUCUGCAGACACUGUUAUCAUCUAUGACUCUGACUGGAAUCCUCACAAUGACAUCCAGGCGUUUAGCAGAGCUCACCGUAUUGGUCAAAACAGGAAGGUGAUGAUCUAUCGUUUUGUGACCAAAGCGUCCGUAGAGGAGAGGAUCACACAGGUAGCAAAGAAAAAGAUGAUGCUUACCCAUCUAGUGGUACGGCCCGGGCUUGGCUCCAAGACGGGUUCCAUGUCCAAGCAGGAGCUUGACGAUAUUCUCAAAUUUGGAACUGAGGAGCUUUUCAAGGAUGAGCUUGGGGAAGGGGACAACAAGGAGGACGACAGCAGUGUGAUCCACUACGACGACCAAGCCAUCGAUCGCUUGUUGGACAGGAACCGGGACGCCACAGACGACACCGAGAUCCAGAGCAUGAAUGAAUACCUCAGCUCCUUCAAAGUAGCUCAAUAUGUGGUAAAAGAUGAGGAGGUUGAGGAAGAAGAAGUGGAGAGGGAGGUGAUCAAGCAGGAGGAAAGUGUAGAUCCCGACUACUGGGAGAAGCUGCUUCGGCAUCAUUACGAGCAGCAGCAAGAAGAUUUGGCCCGCAAUCUGGGCAAAGGCAAAAGAACCCGAAAGCCGGUGAAUUACAAUGACGGUUCCCAGGAGGACCGAGACUGGCAAGAAGAUCAAUCCGACAACCAGUCUGACUACUCAGUGGCAUCGGAGGAGGGUGACGAAGAUUUUGAUGAGCGUUCUGAAGCCAACAACCGCAGACCAAAUCGCAAAGGCUUGAGGAACGACAGGGACAAGCCUCUGCCUCCCCUAUUGGCGAGAGUGGGAGGAAACAUUGAGGUUCUUGGCUUCAAUGCACGACAGAGGAAGGCCUUCCUGAAUGCUGUAAUGCGGUAUGGGAUGCCUCCGCAGGAUGCUUUCACCAAUCAGUGGCUGGUGCGGGACCUUCGAGGGAAGUCGGAGAAGGAGUUUAAGGCUUACGUGUCUCUCUUCAUGAGGCACUUGUGUGAACCGGGCGCUGAUGGAGCUGAGACGUUUGCAGAUGGCGUCCCGCGUGAGGGACUAUCUAGGCAGCAUGUGCUCACUCGCAUCGGUGUCAUGUCUCUCAUAAGAAAAAAGGUGCAGGAGUUUGAGCAUGUGAAUGGUCAGUGGUCCAUGCCAUGGAUGGCAGAACUGGAGGAAAACAAAAGGGCUGCAGCUUUGGCUGCUGGUGAGGAUCCUAGGACUCCUUCAACUGGGACCCCUGCGGAUACACAACCUAAUACUCCAGUGCCAGAGGAUCUUUCAAGACCGGAGGACAGAGAAGAUCUGAGGAAGAAUACUGAGGAGGCAAAAGGAGUCAGAAAGAUAGAUGAUCCAGAGAUUAUUGAAAUCCCAGAUGAAUCAGAUAAAUCGCCGGCUUCAGAAAUCAAAGACGGCUCACCUGUGAGGAAAGAGGACAAAGAGAAGGAGGCACGAGGCCAGGAUGAAGGGAAGGAGGCGCAAGACCCGAUCAAGACGUCACAUAUGUUAGAUGAUGCUGAGGUGAAGGGUGAAACUGCAGACGGGAAAGCAGAUGAUGAGGAACGGUCAAAAGCAGAAGAGGCGAAAGAUGAGAAGAUGGACAUGACAUCAACAGAGAAAGAUCAAAAAGAAGAAAAAGACAGCAUUAAAUCGGACGAAUCCAGCAAACUUCAGAAUGGAGAGAAUGCCAGAGAAGGAGCAACAGCAGCAGCUUUGUCCAUGGUGAAUGUUAGUGAAGAGAAGAGAAAAGCCAGCAAGCAGAGGUUCAUGUUCAACAUUGCAGAUGGCGGCUUUACAGAGCUACACUCCCUGUGGCAGAAUGAAGAAAGGGCAGCCACCGUCACGAAGAAGACCUUUGAGAUCUGGCACCGCCGCCAUGACUACUGGCUCCUGGCUGGCAUCAUACAACAUGGCUAUGCUCGAUGGCAGGAUGUACAGAAUGAUGUAAGAUUUGCCAUUCUCAACGAGCCUUUCAAAGGGGAAAUGAGCCGGGGGAACUUCCUGGAGAUAAAGAACAAGUUUCUGGCACGUAGAUUCAAGUUGCUGGAGCAGGCGUUGGUGAUUGAGGAGCAACUCCGCCGGGCGGCCUACCUCAACAUGACAGAGGACCCAGCUCACCCCUCCAUGGCCCUCAACACUCGCUUCAGUGAGGUGGAGUGUCUGGCUGAGUCCCACCAGCACCUGAGUAAGGAGUCCAUGUCUGGAAACAAGCCUGCCAAUGCAGUGCUGCACAAAGUUCUCAAACAACUGGAGGAGCUGCUGAGCGACAUGAAGGCCGACGUCACGCGCCUUCCAGCAACCAUCGCCAGGAUACCACCGGUGGCCGUGCGGUUGCAAAUGUCCGAGAGGAACAUCCUGAGCCGACUGGCCAGCCGUGGUCCUGAGGUGACCGGCCAGAACCAGGCGCAGAGCGUGCAGCAGAUGCAGGUUUCACGCUGAGGCAAGAACUGUUCACUGCAGUGUAGCAGACCCCUCCCCCGUUCAUGCCCCACUUCAACCACCUUGUACAGCACAGGUUAGUCCUCUUCGGUCCACACACACAAACACCCAAAGGAACAUUAAGUGUGCUGCAGGACAUCCAGAAGUCAAUACAGGAAGUGAAGUGAACCUUAUGGUGUCAUGGCUAAACUGUACCAGGGUCAUGUGGACGAUGCUUGGAGUAUCCUGGAACUUCAUUGCAAUUUUUAGGACGGUGGAUGAAGAAUUCACAGGAUUGUCUGGCUCAUUUUCACACGUAGAAAUCGUGAACUUUUAAGCAGUUUUCCUUUAAAAGUCUCAUGCGAUUUUCUCACCUGAAUGUGUCUCUUGUAUGUAUGUACAGUACUGUGCAAACGUCUUUGACGGCCAUUUGUUUAGCAAUACGGUAACUAAUUGGACAGAUAGAUACAAGUGUUAGCUUUAAAGAGAGGCUAGUUUCUGCCGUUGUUGAAAUGUGAGGGAAGAUCGUACUAAUUACAGUAGAAAACAACCAUUAAAAGGCAUAAUAAGGGUCUAAUAACUACAGGAUGAGGGAGUCACUGAAUGUUCUGCACUCCUGUUUCAUGCCCAUGUUGUAGCUGAUAUCAUGUUGUACUUUUAUAGACAGCUGGAUCAAGAGCGCCUCUGCUGGUUAUAGCCAAGUAGUGCACCCCAGUUUAACCCAGUUGCUACAAAUGCAAUUUGCGUGUCUUAUUUUUGCACAGUACUGUAUAUAUUUAUUGUAUGUAUACUGUAUGUUUGUAUGAAACAGGUCAUAUUUGUGGGCAGGGCUCUUACGUCUUUUCGUCUUGUGAUAUUAUUAUUGUUACAUUCUUCCUUAAAACACCUACCUGUUUGAAAUAACUUCUACUGGCCUGGGAUCAGCUCAUAUGUCAGCUAUGUGCACCUCAACAUUCCGCCAGUCAGUCCCUCAGAAGCUUCUGUAUUUUACUCAUAAAACAAAAAAACGUUACACAGGGGUGGGCCGUUUCGGGAAAUGUUGUCAAUCUUAACUUAAAUUAAUUUCUGUAUGUGUGUCAUGAUUAUUAAGAUGACCCCCUUGUUGUUUUUAUGAACUGUUUUCUUUUUAAUGGACCACAAAAUAAAGGUCAACCGUUUUUUUCCAGCGUACUAAAGUCUCUUUCAUAGACCACCAUG